GUAGCAUACGUCAUUCUUUGCCAACAGAUUGAGAUUGAUAAUUCAUCCUAUUCGUGUAUAAAUUUGAGAAUAUCGUCGGUUUUAGCGACGAAACAUAUUGCAAAUAAGUGUGAAACCUUGUGAUAAACUUCCUUUAGUGUUAGUUAAUCUAGUACAAUUUUAAUAAAUUCAAAAUGUUUAUCUGGGAUUGGUUUACUGGUGUCUUGGGAUUCCUUGGUCUGUAUAAAAAAUCUGGCAAACUGUUAUUCCUGGGACUGGACAAUGCAGGCAAAACUACACUUCUGCAUAUGUUAAAGGACGACAGACUGGCACAGCAUGUACCAACAUUACAUCCCACAUCGGAGGAGCUGUCGAUAGGCAGCAUGCGCUUCACGACGUUCGACCUGGGCGGGCAUCAGCAGGCGCGGCGCGUGUGGCGCGACUACUUCCCCGCCGUCGACGCGAUCGUGUUCCUCGUGGACGCGUGCGACCACAAGCGCCUGCGCGAGUCCAAGGCCGAGCUGGACUCGCUGCUGACCGACGAGACGCUCAGCAACUGCCCCGUGCUCAUCCUCGGCAACAAGAUCGACAAGCCCGGCGCCGCCAGCGAGGACGAGCUGCGCCAGUUCUUCAACCUCUACCAGCAGACCACUGGCAAGGGCAAGGUGUCGCGGUCGGAGCUGCCCGGGCGGCCGCUGGAGCUGUUCAUGUGCUCGGUGCUGAAGCGCCAGGGUUACGGCGAGGGCUUCCGCUGGCUCGCGCAGUACAUUGACUGAGCUGUCUCUCCACCGUCGCUCGCUGCAUACUCGUACGCUUCUCGUCACCGAACUAGCCCUUAAGUUGAGGUUCGCGCACUGGGGCCAAUUUUGUGAUCGAUUUAUUGCCCCUUCUAUUAUUUAUAUAAUUUGUAAUCUAUGAUUUUGUUCAGAAAUGCCCAGUGAAGAACAAAAGAAUCUAAUAUUUUUCAUCUAAUUUCUUUUUUUUUUUUAUAAUAAAAUAUCAAUUCAUUUUCUCUUUUAUUUAAUGAAAUCGGGCGCUUUCCUGAUAAGGAAGACAAAAAAUAACAAUUGAAAUUCUUAAAUCAUUGAAUUAUGAUUAGUAAUUGGAAUAAGUAAUUAGUGAUUGGAAUUCAAUUUAGUGGACCAGUCUACUUCAUAUUAGUUUGUGGAUGAUUGGGUAUUUCUAAACAAAUGAAUUAUACAGAAUAGGUAAAUUACUACUACAUCUUAUCUGUUACUUUAUCUAAUUUACUUAAUAUGUGCUAUUUUUUUUAAACUAACUAGCUCACAUUGAUUUGCAGGUCAGAUGGAAAUUCUGAAAAUGCUUUCUUAGUGGGGUUCUACGUUAUAGAGAGAACCUACGCAAAAUUUCAAGUUUCAAACUUGGCGGUUUGAGUUAUACAUAUGUAUAUAGAUUUUCUAAUGAAGUAAUAAAAAUUUAUUUUUCCUAUAUUGUUAUUCUAAAAAUUGAACAGAUCGGGCAAAACAUUUCAAGAUUGGGGCAAGUUUUUAAAUUCAAGGAGUUUUGUAACGUCAAUGCCAACUUGUCUCAUGUUCGAAGCCUAGAAGUUGUACUAGAUCAUUGUCGGCAUUUUAUAUCGCCGUUGACCUGCGGCCCACCGGCACUAUACUCGCUGUUCAAUAAUUUCUCGAUAAUAUUCUCUCAGUAGAGUGUCAUAACUAUUUAGUUUUAUUAGAGCCUUUAGUAAAGACCCUAAUAAAACUAAAUACAGUCCGACAAGGCUCUAUUAGCGCGUGGCCAAAAUCGGAAUUAAAACCGCCAUCUUGAGAAGUGCCUCAGUCAAGUGCCAAAAGAGCCUUGUUGGACUGUAGUUAUGUAAAGAAUCUUUACAUUAGCUGUUAAAGCUAGUUUAUAUUUGUAAAUGAAAUCGCCUCGUUUAUGAACAGGCUAACCGUCGCCCACUAGUUAUAACUAUCAUAAUAAAUAAUUAUACAAUAAUGAAAUACUACCGAUUUUCAGUUGGUUAGGUCAGCGACAUAUCUGCGAGGUUUUUAACCCUCGUGUCUUUGCUUGAGAUAACGCCUAGAACUCAAUUUUUUUAUAAAUAAAUGUCAAUUUAGCACGGGAAUACUAUGAAAAGAUAUAUUUAUGGAUUUAUUUGGUACUCUAUUUAUUUUUUGUUACUUUAGUGUAAUUUGCUGUACUUUAGAAGUAAAGUACAUUAUAUCUAAUUAAAGGUGUAUCCCAAGAAUGUAAAUACACCACAAUGCAGUAACAUAUUGUUUCCAUACCCUUUGUGGACUGAAGCUUGGAUGCUACCCCAUACAGUAACAUGAUUUAUGUGAACAAAUAAAACGCAUUGCCUUACCUGCGUAUACGACGUGUUUGUGCCCCUGACGGUACGACUCCAAUAUCGUGAUUCGGCAAAUGAUUCUUGUUUGGACUUUUACGACGGUUCGGCAAUCGGCAAAUCAACUAGCUAUACUGUUCGGGUUACAGCAAAUGUUUUUUUGGGCGUUUUAAAUAAGUUUGGAUUUAAAUAAGUAAAGGUAUUCUGUGACAGCGAAGUCUUUUCUGUGUUGUAUAUUAGAUAUAUCCAGGAAAAAUAAAAAAUUCCCGCGGGAUUUUUAAAAACCUAUAUUCGCGCUAACCAUUGGGGUAAACGCGAAUGUGCGGAACGAUACGAUUGCCACCGGCCACACAAUUCGCCAUAAUCACAAAUCAUUUGCCGAAUCCCGACAGUGUAGCCGAACCAUGUCAGAUUCUAUGCGGGUUAGAGCUGUAGUUGGUUGUGCGCCAAGCGUUACUAGCGAGCGAUCGAAAUCAAAGUGAUUUUUAAAAUAACUUCUUCUAAAUAGUUUUCUUUGAGCCAUUGCGUGUCAAGGUUCUACAGUGAACAUUCGUGUUUGUAUGUACGUAUGUGCAUAUAAUAUCGGCGGUAAUUUUAUUAAACAAUUUUUGUUUAUAAGAUCCCGUCCACACCUAUAAAAAUUAGUGUUGGGCAUGGCGAAUAUAUUUUUGCCAAUGCACAUCAUCAGUUUGGAAGUCUUUGUGGGAGGGAGAAGUGGGGGGGGGGGGGGGAAUUAUUUAGGUAGGUACCUAUAUCACAUGCAAUGUCCAGGACAUAAUAAUAGCAAUGGGCGUGGAUUGUAGAACUUUAUAUAAUUUUUAUUAUGUAUUGUCAUAUUGUUAAAAAUGCUAGUUAAAAUGAUUUAUAUUAUGUACUUAUUGAGGCCUGAUUUUCAAGCGCCGAAUAGACUUUGACUGAUGGAUAAAAUUAUGCUGUUUUGACUGUUUUCCAAUAUUUAUAAAAAUUGACAAAACGUAUUUAUUCAUCAGUUAAACAUUAUAUUUCAGGGAUUCAAAUAUCGGCCCAAUUAAAAUAAAAUAUUAUCAUAAAUACAAAUCACUCAAGUGUACAUUUUUACUUUAAGAAGUUUCCAAGUUUCUGUAGAAAUGUAAAACUUUUCUAGAGGAAUAAUCAAUAAUUUUAAUUACGCGUGCACGAUAACUUGAGGCCGGUGAAGUCACUGUACGGUAUCAUAUACAUAAAAUAAAAUUACUGAUUUGUUCGAUUGAGUUGAAUCUUUGUACAGUUGUUGUUGGCAUUUGCGUGAAGGUAUCUGACUGCACCACCUAAGUAGGUGGCGCGCGAAAGACAUUUCAACGCAAGCCGAGACCAGGCUCACGUUGUGGUGCAUGGAUAAAUAAUACAUAUUUAACUAAGGAAACAUACCUACUUCUAACACAAUACUUACUCUCGUUGAGUAUCGAAUCGUAUUAUUUUCUGACAGAAACACAUUUCACACGCGUCUAGUAGUGUUAAGUGUCUUUCCGCCUUAAUACUAUGGUCAUAGUUAUUUAAAGUUUGUAAAGCUAUCGAGGGUAGGUACUGGUGCGACUGCACUGCCAUAGUAUUUGCAUCACUGGCUCUUAUUUAUGGGUUUUCUUUAGUAUUUCUUCCUGUUUACUUCCUUGCAUAAUCUCUAUGGUAGUAGAUAAUUUUCAUCAUAAUUCUGUAUACAUAAAAAUCUGAUUAUCAGUUUAUUCAUGCAACAUUAUGUUCUGUUUCUCAUUCCAACAUUAUUGUGUAAUAUUUUGAUUGACGUUGUUUCGAUAAGCUCAUUGUGUUGUAUAUUUGUAAACGCGACAUUAUUAUACAUUAUAUUUUUGUAAAUUAUUUCUUUAUUAUCAUCUAAUUGUUUCAGCUGAUUGCGGGAUUCUAUCAAGUAAAUAAUUAUUUCGAAACGGCUGGUCUAAGUAAUGGUGCCUUAGUAUUAGGACGAAACGAAAUAUAUUAUGACCAGUGGCGUGCGUUCCAUAAAAGCACUAAUGCACUGCCUACUUACUGAAUUAAUUUUGUUACAAACAAAAAUUAAAUGGUCAUUAAUAUUAAAUUAAAUGUAUUAAAAUAAAGACACAUCACUUGAUGAAGCAAAACACAUUUGAAACACAAAUCAAAAUUCUAGUGGAACUUGGCCGUCCGCGAUUAUCGAAGCAAUUUGGAUUGCGUCGAAUCUCAAAUACUAUAUCUUGAUUUAUAAUGUAUUUAUGAAGCAAUAACAUAAAAAUGAUAACUUGAUAAAAUAUGAAAUUGUUAUAAUAUAAUUAAUACAAUAAAAUCAAUCAAGUGCGCCAUGCCAUGACAAGCCGUUUCCAAUAAUUUUAUUACAAUUGAGGUUUACUGAAUUUUCAGUACAAUAUACUAUAUUGCUCUUUGGUGUAUGAUUUGCAGUAUAAGUCCAAAAGUUUGUAAUAAAAUUUAUAUCGAA